AUCAUUCGAUAUAAAUCGUUUAUCAUUUUGUUUUUCUGUUUAGAAUUUAUUUCAACUUAAGGAUAAAUUGAUCGUACGAAUUUGUGAUAUCCUUAAAAAUGAACUAACAUUGAAGUACGACGAAGAAAAGAAAACGAAAAAGAAAAAGAUGAAAAAAAAAAUGGAAGAAGACAAAAAAAGACUCGUAUAUUUUUUCAACGACAUUAAUUUGCCAAAAUGUUGUAAUCAAAAAAAUGUAUCGAAGAUUUGUGAUACGACGAUUGGUGAUACCAAUUAUAUCAAUUUAAAUUUGAAUCGUGACGAUUACAAGAAUGAAAUUAAAUGGACAAAAUAAAAGAUCGUUCGCGAUCUUUGAUCUCAUCUAUUUUGCAACAACAAAAUCUUGGAAGAAGAAAAAUAAAAGAUUCCAUUUACCUUUUAUUUCAACUUCUUCUUCCUUUACUUUUUGUUUUUUCUUUUUUUUUCUUUCUACUUUUCUAUCGUCCCCGUUGCUUUUCAUCCUACCUAGGGAAGAAAAAAAUGAUGUUCUACCAAAUUGGAGCAACAUGGGAAAGGGUGGGGGUGUGGGAGGAACACCGACCGUAUGAGAAUGCAGGAAGCAGAAGUGUCCAGAUGCGCAGGAUAGAAUGAAUCGUCGUGAGGACCCGUUGUUGCGACAGCAUCGCAGCCGCUUGCUGCAACUCGCCGAAGCUACGAACAUCAAGCACGGUCGUGGUAGCAGCAAGAGACGCGGUCAAAGGCAAACUCAAGGAUUUACACCAAGCAAUGGUGGUUCUAGUACAGGUCGUUCACUUCAGGACAUUGUCAGAAGUGAUCCAGGUUACACACCUAACAUAGAACACCUUGUGUUUCCCGAACGUAAGAGUAGUAAUCCAAAUUUGUCUGGAAAAACCGAUGGCUCACCACCACCAGGUACAACCAAAUCAAAAACCAAUGUUCCAACUUCUGGUAGAUCAAGACUCGUCGAGGUCUUUGCGAAACAUUAUUCGCGAGGAUCCUUGCAAGACACUACGAUUACCUCGAGGAAGAAUCACUUGAACAGUACUUCGUUGGACAGCAGUAACUUGGCUCAUUAUCAACAACAGCAACAACAACAGCAGCAGCAACAACAACAACAACAACAAUCAUCAUCAUCAGUAUCAGGAACUUUAUCUGGGACUUUAUCGAGUGGCGUGGGUUCGACUGCAGGUUCAACGGCAAUAAUCACUUCUAUUGCGAGGAACACAGGAUUAACAGGAUUACGUUGGCUGUCACAAACUUCCCAAUCCUCGCGGCAACACUCGACGGAUGAAGGUACACGUGGGGGAAGCAGCAACGUGGGCGUUAUCGGAGGGCCUGUUUCUGGUUCGUCCUCGGGCCAGGCACCUGCCCUCCCACCCCGUAGAGUCAGUCCAGCUACAGACACCGGUGACAUCGGCGGUAAUACGGGCACACGUGUUGAAAGAGGUCCUAACUUAUCGAUCGUUCAUCUGUGCAACACGUCGGAUCCUUGGGAGGUUGGUUCGCAAGGAUCAGCCUAUAGCGUUAGCAGUAACAAGAGUCAGAUCAGUACGAGAGGCAAGUCAUCGUUGUCGACUACGACGACAACGACGACAACCGGUGGAAGUAAUCGUGGCACUUACACAAGAGGUAGUUCGAUUCCUUCAUUGAAACGUCACGAUACUACUACUUCGACGUCAAGUUUGAAGCAACAUCGUCAGGACAGUCAUGGUCAGGUGUCAUCAAAUUCCCGUCGUCGAGAAGCUGCUACGAGUGCCUUUUUAUCGGGCAGUACCGGCACCUCCGGAGAAUUAUUCAUCGGUGGAAAUUGCAGCCGGGAGUUGUCACCUGUCAGAUGGUGCGAUCGAGAAGUCGACGGGGUUUAUCUGGGUCGCUCGGGUUGGGUCCAAGUACAACAAAGAUCAUUGGACGAGAAUCGAAGAAUAAAUUACGAGAGCAGUUUGUCAAGCACAGCAGCUGGUAAUCUUUCCUUACCUAGAAGGGCAGCAAUCAAAUUGGCAGAUUAUCAUUGCAGCAACAGCGAGCCAGGAAAGUGUCCGCAAGAUUUCUCAUCGAGGUUGGACAGUCAAAGACCGGAUUAUCUCGCUUUGCAUGGUCAAGAUUACGAGUCAUGUGGUACCAGUGCUUGCACGUCACCCCGUAGCAUUCCAGAAUCCUUUUCGCCACCCUCUAUAACACCCAUUAUAUCGCCACCACCUGCUUUUCAAGACGUCGUUGCUAAGAGAUCUUCUUCGAGGCAUACCACGUCACGUAGUAAUUACGGGAAAGCUCCAUUCCUGCCAAGAUCUAACGCUAUCGAUACAGAUUUAAUCAGUCCACCUCCUUCGCCACCUAAAACCAAUUGGAGUUCCUUGCCAUCCUCCUCGAGGAAAUCUGCGAAUGCACCGUCCAGACGUAGACAAAACGCAACAACGUUAGCAAGUAAUACACAACAGCAACAACAACAGCAACACUAUCGUAUGGCGCAAGCUAAAUCUUUGGAGGAUCAGUCGUCCUCUAGAAGAUCUCAGUUUGCCCAGAGAUAUUUGGAAUCCUCGUCAUCGUCCUCAUCGUCCAUGGGCUUCAGAAGUUUGGAUAGUUGCGUUACGAGAUCGGCAAUGCCUAGGUUAGCCGAAAAUACGGAUUCCUCGGUGGAAGGAUACGAGGACGGCGACGAGGACGAUAAUCCUAGCUCGUCGUUGAAUCUCAGCUUGGUAUCCUCCCCCGUAGCUGCUUUAAAUUCGUCGACGGAAUCUAUAAGAGCUAACGGCGAAAGAAUUUCACCGUCUAACAGGCAAACUCGUCAUCAUGCGAGAACUCAACAAGGACUCAGAAGAUCUCCAGGAUCUUCCGAGUCGGGUAAACAAUUGUCCUUUAACUCGCCUACUUCUUCCUCGUCGUCUUCGAGUAGUGUCGAGAGACAAGGACGGUCUCCCACUCCAAAUCAUUUCCACAGACGUGGUAACGUUUCUAGACAGCAUCAGAGUGCUAGGACGAAUCAAGCAUCACCUGACUCUUUACAAUCUAGAGUUAGGAGAUCUAGGAGUCUUCAACUUCCGGAAAAGAGAUCACCGAGUACAGCUUCUCAACCUGUGAGAGAUCAUUCCAGAGAAUCCAACGAUUCUCAUCGAUUGAUGAUUAAAUUACCGACUGAACGAGGAAACGAAAGAAGCAAACGUUACACUUUACAAAACAGAAAAGUUCAAUCGACGGACGACGCCCUUAACGAAGAACUAUUUCGCGAAGCUGAAGCUGUCACGGAAUAUCUCUAUGGUACUCGAAGUCGUGUUAUAACUCGUAACUUUCUAACGAGUCGAUACGAACGUCACGAGGAACGUCGAGACGAUAACCAAGAACAGAGAAGAGUCAAUCAAGCUACUUACGAUGUCUACUUCAUAUCUUCGAAACAACAACAACAGCAAUCUCAGAAAAGCAAUAAUAGUUCGAUACAACAACAACAGCAACAACAGCAGCAGCAACAACAACAACAACAACAGCAGCAACAGCAACAACAGCAGCAACAACAACAACAACAGCAGCAAUCUCGAAGACCUAGGACACUUCAACGAGGUGCAACUACACCUAACACCAAUCCAACUUGUUCCGGUCAAGAUUUUUCUGUCAGUCCAGACACCAAAUUACGUUGCAACAGCAGUACUUGCGAUUUUUGGCCCCAUUGUUCUCAGAGAAAUACACUUUAUUCGCCUAAUCAAGGUCCACCGGUCUUUAUGAAAGUUUCUCAAAGUUAUCCGGCUCAUCAAAGAUUGUCUACGGAUUCCGGAGCUCAUACGAAUCGUAGUAGCGCAUGUUCAUCGCCAGCUUCCUUGGAACGAAUGGAUGAUCGGGAUUAUAGAGAACGGGAAACUUCCAGAAAGAAUAGGAGUAGUCGAGAACACAGUAAUUUAAAUGUCCAAAGAUACCAAGAGAGACCUCCAAAGAGUGUGUUGAAGCAGCCGAAUCAAAACAGGUGGUCACCAUUAGAAGAAAAUAAUGCGAACGGUAGUCUGGAUAAAAGAGUUAUCGAUCGUCAUCGAGUUUACAAAAAAUCUGAAAAACUCAUCAGUAGCUUUGAAAUGUGCGAAAAGGAUAGAAAAGUGUCGCCGGUUCUUCAAGGUGGUAAAAAUUUGAAUAGAUCACCGAGCGGUCCUGUGGUUUCUCCAUCUAGCACGUCAUCAUCCUCGAGCAGUGAUAUUUGGGUUACUACCUCGGAUCGUACAGUGACGAAGAGCCCAAGAAACGUUAAAAGUUCUGGCACGUCUACGCCUAUAGAUGACGCGGUGAUUGGUUCUUUGAAAACUUUAAUGGUACCACCGAAAGAUGGAAUGUUGUCCAGACCUGGAAGUGCACCGACCAGGGGCGAGGAUUCGUUGACCACUGAUGUGACCUUGGAUCCACACCAACGUUCUUUGUCUUUACCUAAAUCCUUCUUGACUCAUAACACCGAUAGCAAUAAUGCAACGAGCAGCAAAUCAGGAUCAUGGCAACGUGGACAGGAUUCUCAACGAUCAAGCCCAAAACCAAGCGGUGCUCAUUCCACACAGGAUGUUGCCACGCCUCACACUGCUCCCGUUUCCCCUCUUCACGAUCAGUAUGCCAGUCACGGUAGAAAGGAUCGAAGACGAAUACCUGGAAUCAACAAAACCCAACGACGUAUCAAAGCAUCCAGUACUCCAGCUUUGCUCGAUCGAGAUCACGAAAGUCGACAGUGGUCAGGUGAUGAAGAAAGUGAUGGGACACGUAGUCAUCAAACAAGAACAGAACAUCCUUUGACAGAAGCAACAAUACCAUUGGUAACUCAUUCUCGUCUUCAGGAUCCUUCGACCUUGAAUUCGUCGAACGUAAUUACAUCUUCUGGCGGUGGUACAGGACAAAAUUCACACCGUUCUAGUACACCACAGAGUCAACAGGAAAGCGUCUUACAAAAAUUUCGAAAGAGCUUUUCUUUAAGAUUCCACAAAAAGGGAAGUAAAGAAAGUACGGAGGGGGAAUGUCCCGUGGAAGAGAAUGAAAGAACUACUGGGCAGCUGGGAGAAGAAGAAGAAAGGGAAACAUCAACCAUAUUGUCAUCUGAACAAAGCUCACAACACAAGGACGAUCCUGGCAAUGAUCAAAAGUUCCGAUUUGGUCCUUUGGUAUGGAGGAGCAGUAAAGAAAGGAAAAAGAGUAACAAGGCGGCACGUAAUGCAAAAUGCAACAGCGGAGACAGUGGAAUACAAAUAGAGAUGGUAUCUGGUGGAGCAUUGACUGUGGGCAGUAGUGGAGGAACGAUGGGGGGUGGCGAUAGCUCCGAAUCCCACGACACCGACGUCCAAGAUGAAACGGACAGCCCUCCGGCCCUUCGUAGGCGAGUUGCCGAUAAAUCAAGACCCCAGUCCGAGCUCAUCAACCAGAUACUGAUAGACAAGUUUAAGGCCGACUUACAGAGUCGUGCAUCGAGACAUCAACACGUACGUAGGGCUAACAGUGAUCUUGGUGGACAAAGAUUACUACAGUGGGAUACUCGAUCAGGAUAUAGUCAUAUUCACAAUUAUCGAAGGAUGCUAUCAACACCAUCACCGAUUAAAAGCAGACCACCAAGAUUAAGUCCAAGACACUCUUCCCACGACAUCGUUACACUGAGAAGUAACGCGAAAGGGAGGAGUUCUCGGACAAAUUUGAGGCGCUCACUUAGUCAGCCACUGGGUAUCAAUCAGCUUUCACCCUUGAUGCGCACCAAAACUGCAGGGGCGAGAUUACCCGGUGGAAAUGUCCUGUCCGAAGAUGAACAGGAUGGAAGAGGUGGUACCUCAGACGACGAGAUGAUGUCUGAUUCCGAAUCAUCCAUCGCCUCGCUCACGGACAGAAAAAAAUCUUUUGAGCAGACGAUGGAUGAAGAGGUGGUCGUUCUGGCUGAAGCUGUUUGGGAUCACGUAGCUAUGGAACCGGAGGAAUUAGCUUUUCGGGCUGGUGACCUCAUCGAUGUGCUUGAUAUGGUUGACAAGGAUUGGUGGUGGGGUAGCUGUGAAGGAGAACGUGGCUGGUUUCCUGCUGCUUUCGUUAGGUUGCGGGUAAGUCAAGAAGAUACCGUCGAAGAUUGUUUAGCCGCGAUAGCCUCUGGAGGUACAUCGAACUCCCAAAGAAGGCGCACAAGCGUGUCGUUGCUAUCGAAUGAACAAGUUAGGACAAGCGUUGUUCGUGAAUUGGUCCAAACUGAGAGAGACUUUGUGAAGAUUUUAAGGGACGUUACCGAAGGAUAUAUAGCAGAGUGUCGAAGACGUACAGAUAUGUUUAACGAGGAACAAAUAGAAACGAUCUUUAUCAAUAUCGAAGAGCUGUUAGACUUUCAAUCAGAAUUUUUGAAGGAUUUGGAAUCUCGUAUUGAUUGGAAUUCACCGCACAAGAGUUGUGUCGGCGAGUGUUUUCUGAAACACAGAGCAGGCUUUCGAAUGUAUUCCGAAUAUUGCAACAGCCAUCCAAUGGCAACCGCCACACUGCAGGAACUUUAUCAGCACAAUCGUUAUAGCAAGUUUUUCGAAGCUUGUAGACUAAUGCGUGGUCUGAUAGAGAUACCUUUGGAUGGAUACUUGCUUACGCCGGUGCAACGGAUAUGCAAGUAUCCCCUGCAGUUGGCGGAGUUGUUAAAGUACACGAAAGCGGAUCACCCAGAUUAUCAUAAAAUUCAAGAAGCAUUGGAAGCUAUGCGAGGCGUUGCUGUAUUGAUUAAUGAAAGGAAAAGACGAAUGGAAAGUUUAGAGAAGUUGGCUGCUUGGCAACUUAGGGUCGAAGGAUGGGAAGGCGAAGAUCUCAUAGAAGUUUCUUCUCAACUGAUUUAUCAAGGUGACGCUAUGCGAGUAACCACUGGUAUGUGGACGAACAACAUCACGCUUUUCCUCUUCGAUCAUCAGCUCGUCUAUUGUAAGAAAGAUAUUUUAAAACGUAACACUUACGUUUACAAGGGUCGUAUUUAUCUCGAUACGAGCGAAGUCAUCGACGUGCCAGACGGAAAAGAUCAUCAGUUGGGUGUGACGGUUAGGCAUUGUUUGAAAGUAUAUAGCUGCGUAAGAGACAAAUGGCUAUUGUUCUGUUGUCGUACGGCCGAAGAGAAACAUCGUUGGUUGGUAGCAAUGGCUGAGGAACGACGACUGGUAGCACAAGAUAGGAACGAUGGACUGGAAUUUCCAGCUGCUGCUCGGCAACUCGCCAGAUUAGCGGCAAACAGACAACGAAUCAGGCCACCCGUAAAACCUCGGAGCAAAUCAUAUAAGAGAGAGCCAACGUACGACGUAUCAAACGUAGUAGCACAAGGCGCAACCAAUUCAUUGGGCCGUAAAGUCGGUAUCUGGUUUACGUUCGGUAGCAGCAAGAAAAAUGCACGACCUCAACCGUCCUGAGACAGGCCCACCUUCGUUCCGUACAUCGAUUUGUAAAAAAAAAUUACUUCAACGAGAAGCGCUUUUUUAAUCAUAAUCCUUCAUCCACGAUCGACUUGAAAUUUUUAAAUCGAUCUUUUGAAGUUAUUGGCAUUAUUUCAGCGCUCAUCGAAUGUACGGUACGAAGGUACGCCAAAUUAUCUCUACGAGUCGUUGUGCUGUACUAAAAAGAAAAGUAUAUAUAUGCAUAUACAAAAGAAAAUCAAAGUACAGCUGCGAUAUAAAAUAAAAAAGGACUCUAGCUCGUAUAUAAAAUAACAUCUUUGUAGUGAAAUUGAUUGACUGUUGUUCUGCAUCAAACUAUUAUUCUACGAUUCCGAAGAAAGAAAGAAAAAUAAUUAUAAUGACAGCAAAUCUAUAAUGUCAAUGAUCUUUUCGUUCACUGCCUCGCUAAACAAGAACGUAUUUCGACAAGCACCACUGCUCUAACUAUUUGCUCUUUAAACUAUUCCUUCCGGUGAAACGUACUUUGCUUAAAAAACAAAAAAAAUUAGUAAUAAAAAUAAUUAAAAAGUCCGAUAUAUAGAUACAUAUAUAUACAAGUAUAUAUAUAUCUUAACUGUACAUUAAAGUUUUUGAUCGAACCAAAGUUGAUAAACGUGAAAGAUUCUUCUAAUUGGAUGUGUAGAAUCGCUUGGAAGACUAGUUAGGAAUUAUAUAUUAUUGCCAGAGGAGAACUGUAAUAAGCUAGAAGAAUAAGAUCACUUAUAGUGAUAGCUAGUAAAUGUAUAAAAAAAAAGAAAAUAAUAAUAAUAAUAAUAAUCAAAUAGUAUGCUUUUAAAAUACUAAACGGGAAAGUACUAGUCACUUGUAUCUGCAAACUAAUAACGACAAUGAUCAAUAUUAAUCUUAUUAAUACGGAAGGAAUGGCUUUGAUUACAUACGAGAUGCAUAUAGAGUGUGAACGUGGAGAAAUGUUUUUUUUUUAUUAUGACGAAUGAAAGACUGAUAUGAAUAUGAUAUGCGCUUGUAUAAGUGGAAAUAAUUAUUGCGGAACGUGAUUAAAGGUCUUUCGUAGAUGACAUCUCUCAAACGGGCUCCUUUGUAACUCUUAUUACUGCCUCAUUAAAUAUAGAAUGUUAUUCCAUGUGAACUAUGUAAUGAUAAUACUCAUAGUAGUUUCAAAUGGCGAUGAACGAACACUUUGAAAAAGGCCCAUAAUUAUGUUUCCGUGUCAAAUAACAAAGAGACAUUUUGACUUUAUUGGUGAAAACUUUGGAAUAUGACGCCAAUAAUAACAGAAAAAAAAAA